CAGCCAAACAAGAUGGCGGCCCCCGGUAAACAGUACGGGCUGAUCUUGCCCCAGAAGAAAGGAGCAAAGACAACCACCUUGCAGAGACCCUCAGUGUUUGGGGAUGACUCUGAUGAUGAGACCACAGUCGGAGAGAGUCUGCAAAAGGAAGCAGUGAAGAAGAGGAUGAUGAAGCAGACUCACCUGGAGAUGCAGAAGGCACUGGAGCAGGACAGUACUGUGUAUGACUAUGAUGCGGUGUAUGAUGACAUUCAAAAACAGAGGCUGGAGGACAACAAGAAAAUUCUUGGAGGAACAGACAGAAAGCCAAAGUAUAUCAACCAGUUGCUGAAAGCGGUAGAGGAGCGAAAGAAAGAACAAGAACGGAGGGAUGAAAGGAAGAUCCAGAAAGAAAGGGAAGAAGAGGGCGAGCAAUUUGCUGAUAAGGAGGCUUACGUCACCUCCGCCUACAGGAAAAAGCUGCAGGAGAGGAAGGAGGAGGAGGAACGAGAGAGGAGGGAGGCCGAGAUGGAAGCUGCCCUGGAUGUAAGGAAGCAGAAGGACCUGAGUGGCUUUUACAGGCACCUGCUGAAUCAGACUGUAGGAGAGGAGGCGAUACCAGACCGCUGUUUAGACAAAGAUCCAAGCACAAAGCCUGCAAAAGCGCCAGAGAGAAUCUCACCCCCUCCCUCACCGGCCUCCCACGACAAUGCCCCCAGUUCAAACAGCGAGAAUGAGGAAGGGCACGACCAGAAGUCUGGCUUCAACAAGCCAGGGCUUGGCUCCACCCAUUCUAAACGCCACUACAGACAAAGGUCGCCUUCAUCAGGGAGUGGAGAUGACAAGGAGAGGGAGAGGGAGAGGAACAAACAAAAGAAAAGUCACAGAGAUAGAGACCGAGGGAGGGAGAGAGACAGAGAGAGGGAUGAUAGACGCAAUGAAAGGAGAGAUGACAAGGAUAGAAGGAGGGACAGAGAGCGAGACAGAGAGGAUGACAGAGGCAGAGGCAGACGGGACACGGACAGGGAGGACAAGCAUGCAAAGAGAGAAAGGAGCCUCGAAGAAAAGGAAAGGGACAAGAAUGGGGAGAGGGAGAAAAGAGGGAAUCAUGAUGAGGACAAAGGGAAAGAGAAGCAUCGGGAAAAAGUGAAGGAGAAAAGAAAGGACUCUGAGAAGGAGAAAGUGGUAAAGACAGAAGAAAAAGAUGCUGAGGAGAAGGAGGAGGGAGCAGACGACAGAGCAGAGAACCAAGGCGAAGAGAAAGAGGAGAAAGUGAAUAAGUUUGCCAAGCGUAGCAGCGACCACACUGUGACCUCGGCGAGAGAUAGGUACCUGGCCAGGCAGAUGGCGCGCUCAGCCUGCAAGACCUACAUUGAGAAAGAAGAGGACUGAGUACAGAAGCUACUGUCAUACUGCUGUGUCUCAGCUCACCACCCCAGAAAAAUCUGCAUCAGGUAUCAUGUGCCCGCCAUGUCUGCGUGGUGUAUCAAACCCCAUUUUCUUUAAUGCACUGCAGCGGACAGACACAAACAGCAGAGUGUGCUCCUGGUAAAUCUCUGGCAAGAGUCGGAAGAUGAGGGAGGGGUUUUCUCAGGUGAAUACUUGUUUUCUGACAGAUGUGAAACGAGAGCGUGAACAUGGGAAUGUGUUUUGAGAGACUUGUGGCAUUUAAAUCGAUGAGCAAGUGUUUCUUUAACAUGUAAUACUGCUUCAUUGGGACGAUGAAUGAAUGAGAACCUGUCGAGUUAUGAACCAAGGGUCUUGUUUGAUUUGUGAAAGUUUUCGUAUUUUUCAGGAGUGCUGUUGUUGCUGAGUCAAUAAAAAAAUUCUUGUUCACU